AUGGCGGGCGAGCAAUCGAGCCCGAACGAGCGAACGCAUCUCUUGGGCGCUCAUAGUGAUAGGACGCCACGUCGAAAUAGCCGGGCUAGAGAAUCGGAAGUACAGUCCGUUGUGGGGAGUGCAGUGAGCAAGGAAGAAGCAGCACUGGGACAGAGCAUCAUUGGAGAACGACUCCCCUACAGCGAGUAUACGACCAUCGAUUGGCUUCAUGACAUAGUCAAAUCCUCAUACCGCUACCGGUCUCUACGUCCACCACUCACGACACCCACUCUCCGUACCCGCCUCGAUAACAUCCUCGACCUUCUGACACCAUGGAUUGCCGUUGCACUCAUUGGAGCACUCACGGCCAUAAUCGCGUUCCUAGUCGACGUUGCCGUCGCCGUCGUCUCAGAUUACAAGCUUGGGUAUUGUCCCUGGGCCCUGACCCCUCGAGAAGAGUGCGCCAGCUUCCGGUUUUGGUUCACCGACAAGAACAUUGAGCAAGUCGAUAUAUCGAGAAGCGGGUUUUGGGCUGCGUACGCGGUUUACGUGACGUGGGCUCUGCUGUUCGGAGUCAUUUCGUCGGGCUUGACCAUGACGACUAAGAAAGAGCUGCCAACUGCGUCGGCAAACGAGGGAGGGGUCAAGGUCCCAGAUACAGGUUCUGGUGAGACACGUACAUAUAAUAAUAAGGAGACGGGAAAGAUCAUGUACAUGGCAGCAGGGUCGGGUAUCCCCGAGCUCAAGACCAUCCUCUCGGGGUUCCAAAUCCCGCAUAUCCUCUCCUUCCCUAUCCUCGUGGUUAAGGCGAUCGGUUCGAUCUUCGCGGUCGCUACAGGCAUGUGUUUGGGGAAAGAAGGGCCUUUCGUCCAUAUCUCCGGCUGCGUGGGCAAUCUGGUCGGCGAGCGGUUCGAGAAGUUCCGCGAGAACGGUCGUAUGAUGAGAGAGCUGCUGUCCGCCAGUUGCGCCGCUGGUCUCAGCGUCGCUUUCGGUGCCCCUAUCGGCGGUGUUCUCUUCAGUUACGAGGAAAUCAGCACGUAUUUUCCCCGUAAAGUCCUCUGGAGAGCGUUCCUGUGCAGCAUGGUGGCUGCUGUGGUCCUGAAGGAGCUCAAUCCCACUGGAACUGGGAAGUUGGUUUUGUUUGAGACGAAAUUCAAUGCGACAUACGAGCCACUGCAUUACGUCAUAUUUGUUUUCCUCGGCGUCGCUGGUGGCAUAUUUGGAGGGAUCUUCUGUCAGGCAAACUACCUGUGGAGCAAGUGGUUCCGAUCGUUUCCAGUCAUUAAGAAGUAUCCAGUCUUUGAGUGUUUCCUGGUCGUAUUCGCUACCGCAGUUUUGCAGUUCCCUAAUCCGGUUCUGAGAGAGACUGGCGAUACGAUAGUGGAGAGACUGUUGGUCGACUGCUCCUCGGGCAUCACAUAUCAUGAGUGGAUUUGCGUCCAUGAGCGGCAGAUGGAAUCCAGCUCCAAUUGGGGCUAUGUCGCGUGGCUCAUUUACGGGACGCUGGUCAAGCUGGUAUUGAUGAUCAUCACUUUUGGCCUCAAGGUUCCGAGUGGUGUCAUUAUUCCCGCGCUGGAUGGCGGAGCCUUCUUUGGUCGGCUCGUGGGGCAAUUUGUCCCUGAUAUCAACCCUGGGAUCUUCGCCAUGGUGGGAGCGGGUGCCUUUCUCGCCGGCGUUAGUCGGAUGACCAUAUCGCUUUGCGUCAUCAUGUUCGAGCUAACCGGUGAACUUGAAUUCACGCUACCGAAUAUGAUCGCCAUCCUGACGGCCAAGUUCGUCGCUGACGCCAUCUCCUUAGAAAGCGUAUAUGAUCUCGCUCAAACCGUCCUGGGCCACCCCUUCCUAGAUAACGAGCAUGCUCUUCAGCGCGUGCAGCACUCGACGACACCGCUCACCGCCGCGGAGUUAAUGCCACCGAAGCAGACCAUGGACGAGAUCACCAUCCACGUCCCUCGUUCCAACAAAGUAAGCCUGAAGCUUCUCAACGAACGCCUGGAGCUCCUUCGACGUCGGGGCCUCCACGACGCUGGGCUGGUGCUGGUCCAAAAGCAUGCUGGCGUCGACAUCUGCCAAGGGUAUCUGGCCCAGGCAGAGCUUGCGUUCGGGGUGGAAGAGAUGGCCCCCGUUUAUCUUAGCGCCGAGGACACGAGUUACGCACGCACAGAAAUCGAGAUCCGCCUGCUUGGGUCCGCGGCCGAGUUGGAUGAAGCCACAGAGUCUCCAACAGGGACACCAGUGCUGGAUCUCACCGCGUUUGUGGACCGGACGCCGUUGUCGUUAACGGCGAAUGCACCGUUGGAGUAUGCGGUCGAGAUGUUUGGUAAGCUUGGAUUGAGGUAUUUAAUGUUGACGGAGGAGAGUACCGGUGCGUUGGCUGGGGUGGUCAUCAAGAAGAGGAUGGUCGGGUACUUGGAUACUCUCGGUCAUCAUUAA